AUGGAGGAGAGAUGUUAUGGAAUAAACAUCUUGCAGGAUUUGGGACCCUCGUGUCCAGGAACCGGAAAUGGACAUUGCAUGACCAAACCUGAGGUGAUCUUCAAGUUGGAACAUGGAUUUGGGCCAUGGCCUGUGGUAGAAUCUUCUGUCCGCAGCCUUCCAGGUAUUCAUAAAGUGACUGUCCCAAUUGAGACUCACCAGGAAAAUCACAAGAGAGAUUUAUGGCCAGUUGAAAUUGCCAACAGCCAGACUUCAAAUGAGAAAAUUAUUGAAGCAGACCUGAAGGUGGCCCAGAAGUUUCAACAAGGGACAUCCUAUGAAAAUAAAGAAUGCGUGAAGGCAUUUAUCCAGCAGUCACAGCACACAAGGAGUCAGAUGAGUUACCCAUGCAAGAAAAGCAUCUGUUAUAAGUCACCUCUCAAUAAACGUCAGAGGCCUCUUAAUGAGGAGACGCGGUGUACACACAGACAGCGCAGGAAGUCACGCCUGACUGAACAGAGAAGUCACGAAGGGGAGAAGCCAUAUGAAAGCCCAGGAUGUGGGAAAGCUUCCCACACCGAGCCUCACCAUCAGAACACUCUCAGAGAUGAGAAGCCCUACAAAUGUCUAGAAUGUGGGAAAUAUUUCUACUACAAGUCACAAAUCAUUGAGCAUCAAAGAAGUCAUACAGGUGAGAAGCCUUAUGAGUGUACAGAAUGUGGAAAAUCUUUCAGCUAUAAAUCACACCUCACUGUACAUCACAGAAGUCACACAGGUGAGAAGCGUCAUGAAUGUACAGAAUGUAGAAAAGUUUUUUACUAUAAGUCCCAACUUACUCGACACCAGAGGAGUCAUACAGGAGAGAAGCCCUAUGAAUGUACGAAAUGUGGGAAAUCUUUCUACUGUAACACACAUCUUUCUUUGCACCAGAGAAUUCAUGUAAAUGUGAAACCCUAUGCAUGUACAGAAUGUGGGAAAACUUUCUCUUUCAGUGCAUGCCUCACUAGACACCAGAGGAUUCAUACAAAUGAAAAGCCCUAUGAAUGUACACAGUGCCCCAAAGCUUUCUACUUUAAGAAACAACUUACUCAUCAUGAGAAAACUCAUGCUACAGAGAAGCGCUUUGAAUGUAAACAAUGCGGUAAAGCAUUUUACUGGAGGGCCAACCUUACUGUGCAUCAGAAAACACAUGGUGGGGAGAAGCCCUUUGAAUGUAAACAAUGUGAAAAAGCAUUUUACUGCAAGUCCCACCUCACUGUGCAUCAGAGAACUCAUAUAAGUGAAAAGCUCUAUCAGUGUUCACAGUGCAGGAAAGCAUUCUACUCUCAGACACAGCUAACUGUACAUCAGAGAGUUCACACGGAUGAGAAGCCCUAUGAAUGUAAGCAAUGCGACAAAACAUUCUACAGCAAAUCUGGGCUUACUGCACAUCAGAAAACUCAUACGGGUAAGAAGCCCUAUGAAUGUAAAGAGUGUGGAAAAGCAUUCUAUAAUAAGUACUUGCUCAUUGAGCACCAUAGAGUUCAUACAGGCGAGAAGCCCUAUAAAUGUGCAGAAUGCAAGAAAGCAUUUUACUGCAAAAAAUAUCUUUCUCUACAUCAGAAAACUCACGCAAGUGAGAAGUCAUUUCGUUGUACAGAGUGUGGGAAAGCUUUCUCUUGGAUGUCACACCUCACUCAACAUCAGAGAAUUCACACAGGUGAGAAGCCCUAUGCAUGUGAAGAGUGCAGGAAGACUUACUACUUCAAGAAACAACUCACUCGACAUCAAAGAACACAUGAGAAGUCAUGAGGUGGAAAUAAUGCAGGAGACCAUCAUUUAACUGCAAAUGCAACCUCUCUGUAUGAAAAUAACUCAAACAAAAAAACCCUGUGGUGAGUGUACCAGAUAACAGAAAAUUUUCUCCCUCAUGCAUACCUUACUCAAAGUCAGAUGAGAAAGCCUAAGAGCGUAGAGAAUGUAUGAACUCUCACUCAAGUGUAUAAUCAGAAAGCUUGUAGGUGAAAAUGAUUAAUGUAAAAACCGUGGAAAUUUUCUAGUGUAAGUCAGGUGUUACUCAACCAAUAAACUUAUACCAGAGUCUGUCUGCAAAACAUUGUUGGAAGGCCACAUAUACUGUAUGUAAGAGAAUUCAUGCAUGGGGUUAUCUCCUAUGAAGUUAAAAACUAUACAAAAGUUUUCUCAUUCUUCAAAUUACUUCAGUAUAUUGUAGGUGAGUAACACAGAAUGUAAAGAAUUGAGGAAAGCUUUAACAUUUCUAACAUUAAGCCCCAUCAAUUCACACCUGAAAACUUUUACGGGUGUGGGCCCCAGUGAAAUUAAUGAAAAUAGACACAUUUUGAGACAGAAAUUGGGCCUCUGCAUUAGCAACUUCUCAUGUGAUAUAUGCCAAGUAGUGCGAAAAGCAUAGUGAGAUAUAUUACUUCAUGCUUUCAAUUCUAGGUCCUGGUACCGCAGGUUUACUGAAACUCAGUGAUUGAAGAUUGAACUUAGCAAUCUAGGCAGGUUCAUCUGAUAAAAGAGCAGGAAAGCCUUCUUGAGGUGCCCAUGUCAAGUUAUGACAUUACAGCCCAUGUGUUGAAAACCCCUAUAAAUUACCAAAUAUGAAGAGUAUAAAGAGUACCAAUACUUUUGAAAUGAACUUGAAAUUUAUCUGGCAUCAUUCACCCAACUCACAUGAUUAAACAGAAGAAUACAAUAUGAAAACAUUCUUGCUUCUGUAGUCCUGAUGACUUUAUUACAAAAAUUCAUUAACUGUUUAUAGUGUAAGUAUUCUAGAAACGGCAUUCAGCUUUGCUGCCUACUAUCCGUUACUAUCAGUUAACUCAUGAAGUGAGAGUACAAUUGACAUUUACAAAUCACCUUGUCUUAAACGUGGCUCGGUGACUGUGCUCAUCAGUCUUGUGCUGUGUGUCUACACAUAGAACUUUUCAGGUGUCAUCUUGAUUUAGGAUAUUUUUGUUCAUGUUUACUUAUAAAUCAGUUGAAACUGCCCACAAGAUUUAAUGCCUCACUGGGCAUGAAAAUUUUAAAUGUGUUUACAUUUUUAUAAUUAUGUAGUUUUGAGACAAACUCUUGAUCUAUACCCAGUCUAUGCCCUGGCCUCCACUUGUACAUAGGUAUGUACCCCCACGUGCACAUACAAAACAUGUACCAAAAUGGAAAACACAAAGUACAUUAGGAAAUUGUAUAACAUCGUUAUAUGUAAUUUUCAUGUUAACUUUCAAAAGGAAUUUUGCCUAAAUGUGUUCCGUGUAGUUUUAAAAACACACUACCAACUUAGCCUAGGAGUUGGGACUGCACUGGGAGCCCCUCCUGCCUCCCUUUUGUCCUGCCUGGCUUAGCUCUGGGAUUGAUUGCAACUAUCCCCACCCUGGCUUCCUUUUUCUCAGGUGGCAGAGUAGACUACCCACAUCAGGCUGUUCCUCCCCACUCUUGAUCUCUACUUUCACAUCUUUUCAUGGUGCUCAAACCUUUUCUGCUUCUCUUUCUCUCCCAUCUCUCUAUCACACACUUGCACAUUGUGGUAGCUCCUGCUGCAGGCUGGGCUCUGGGUAUUUUCUCUCAUGAACGAGAGCUGGCCUUGUACCUCAUCUGGGCAGCAUAGUAGAGCUGGCCUGGUGCAGCUGGCCCCAAAGUCAUGAGAGCUGUCCCUUUUAGCUGCAGAUGGGCUGGGCUGGGCAGAACAGUUCUGGAGAGCUUGUCCUAGUGGUGUGGGUGUGUAAGAGCUGACAUUCCAACCAACUCAGCUACUUCCUAGGCCCAGAUCCAGGGCUUUGAUUUGGCUCACCCCAAUCUCUUCCCCAUCUAUGAAUUGUGAAGGAUGUGAAGGGGCUGGUCCUGCAGAUUCAAAGCUUAGGAUCUCCAUGCCACAGGGCAACAGGAUGUCUGAGAGGAGCCUCAGUGAGGAUCCAGUAUUGAUACUGCAGGAGAGUCCAGAGGCCUUGAACCAGAACAAUGAUUCAAUUCAACGAACAUUUGCAAGUAAAGAUGUGUAGACAAAAGGGUAUUGUGUGACUCAGUGGAGAUUCCAUGACAAUAUAUAUUUUUUCUGCUUGUUUGUUUGUUUGGGUUGUUUUAUUUUAUUUUGCAGAGGCAACUGCAAGGGCCUUCUGAAGAUGGAUAUCAAGGGGCAAGAGAUGCAUGGGACUGGGGGGUAUGAUUCACAAAGACUCAAUAAAAUUUUUUUUUAAGUAUGUUUAGGGGCAUUUCAGAAAUUGUUGGAAAUUCUCCUUUUAUUCCAAGGCAGAGUCCAUUUAAUAAUUUGUUUUUACAUGUCUUCAUAUCACUCAGUGAACAGAUUUCUGUUUGUCUAUUCAUCCAUCCAUCCAUCCAUCCAUCCAUCCAUCCAGUUAUUUAAAUCAAAGUCUCACCCUGGAACCCUGGCUGGCCUUGAGCUCACUAUGUAGACCAGGUGGCCUCAAACUCAUACAGAUCUGCCUGUUUCUGCCUCCUGAAUGCUGGGAUUAAAGUCAUAUGCCAUG